AUGUCCAGAGCCGGCCGGCAGCUGGCCCUUCUCCUGUGUGGCUGGUGCGUGGCUGCGGCCGUCCCGGGGGACCCGGCCGAGGAGGGCUGUCCAGCCGAGCCCCGCCAGGCCGCCCGCUACGUGGCCGCCGUGUACGAGCACCGGUCCUUCCUGAGUCCCGACCCACUGGCCCUCACCAGCCGCAAGCAGGCCUUGGAGCUCAUGCAUCGGAACCUCGACGUCUACGAGCAGCAAGUGAUGGCCGCAGCCCGAAAGGGCGCACAGAUCAUAGUGUUUCCAGAAGACGGCAUCCACGGGUUCAACUUUACAAGGACAUCCAUUGACCCGUUCUUGGACUUCAUGCCGCCUCCCCACUUGGUCAGGUGGAACCCGUGCCUGGAGCCCCACCGCUUCAAUGACACGGAGGUCCUCCAGCGCCUGAGUUGUAUGGCUAUGAAGGGAGAGAUGUUCCUGGUGGCCAAUCUUGGGACAAAGCAGCCUUGUCAUAGCAGUGACCCAGGCUGCCCGAGUGACGGUAGAUACCAGUUUAACACGAACGUUGUGUUCAGCAGUAAUGGAACCCUGGUUGACCGCUACCGCAAACAUAACCUCUACUUUGAGGCAGCAUUCGAUACCCCUCUGGAGGUGGAUCACAUAGUCUUCGACACCCCCUUCGCUGGCAAGUUCGGCGUCUUCACUUGCUUUGACAUACUGUUCUUUGACCCCGCUGUCAGCCUCCUCAGAGACUCUGAGGUGAAGCACGUUGUGUAUCCGACUGCCUGGAUGAACCAGCUCCCACUCUUGGCGGCCAUUCAGAUUCAGAGAGGCUUCGCCAUCGCCUUUGGCAUCAACUUUCUGGCUGCGAACAUCCACCACCCAUCUCUGGGGAUGACAGGAAGUGGCAUACACACCCCUCUGAAGUCCUUUUGGCACCACAACAUGGAAAGCCCUGAAGGUCACCUCAUAAUCGCCGAGGUAGCCAGAAAUCCACCGGGUCUCGUCAGUACGGGGAACGCCACAGAGAAAACGGACCCAUCCCAUAGGAAGUUCUUGGAGCUCUUGGCAGGGGAUCCCUACUCUGAGAAGGAUGCCCAGGACGUCCAUUGUGAUGGAGCCGCCAAAUCGACCACCAACGCCUCUCCCACGUUUAACUCUGAGAUGAUGUAUGACAACUUCACCCUGGUUCCCGUGUGGGGACGGGAAGGCCACCUCCGCGUCUGUGCAAACGGCCUGUGCUGCCAUUUGCUUUACCAGAGGCCCGCCGUGUCCCAGGAGCUGUACGCCCUGGGGGUUUUCGAUGGCCUUCACACCGUGCAUGGCACCUACUAUGUCCAAGUCUGUGCGCUGGUCAAGUGUGGGGGUCUUGGCUUUGACACGUGUGGGCAGGAGAUCACAGAGGCCAAGGGGAUGUUCGAGUUUCACCUAUGGGGCAACUUCAGUACUUCUUAUAUCUUUCCAAUGCUUCUGACCUCAGGGAUGACCCUGGAAACCCCGGACCAGCUGGGCUGGGAGAGUGAUCAUUAUUUCCUGAGGAAGAAGGGACUGUCCUCUGGGCUGGUGACAGCAGCUCUCUAUGGGCGGUUAUAUGAGAAGGACUAG